AAAUAGGCAUAGAAAAACUCCCUUAACCGCUACUAAGAAGAAGAAGAAGAAGAAGAAGAAGGGGAUUUCAGAUUAGAAACAGCAAAAGGUAAAAGCUUCCUCCGGCAAGCACCAAUUUUCGUCAGUCACCGACGGUUGCAUGGAAAUCCGGUGCAUCCGAGUGCAUUAAAUCGUAAUUGCAUGUGGUUGAUGGCAACGCUUCCACGUGUCCCGUCGUUGUUGGUCUCAGUCACUUCCGUGAGUGAAUGCCGUAAAUGCAGUUCGUUGAAAUCCUCAAUUGCACUUCCAGAACCUUCCAACUACUUCUCUGUUUCUCUUAGUUGUAUUUCUUCUUCGUUAAAAGCAAAGAAAUCGAAACGAUUUGGGAAUUCUCUCUCUGUUUCGGCGGCAAUGGCGGAUUUGGCUACUGUUCUCGUUACUGGAGCUGGUGGCAGGACUGGUCAAAUAGUUUAUAAGAAGUUGAAGGAGAGGUCGGGCCAGUAUGUUGCUAGAGGUCUGGUUAGGACGGAUGAGAGCAAGGAGAAAUUGGGAGGAGCGGACGAUCUUUACGUCGGAGACAUAAGGGAUGCCAACAGUAUUGCUCCAGCGAUUCAAGGUAUCGAUGCUCUUAUAAUCUUGACGAGCGCCGUGCCAAAGAUGAAAACAGGGUUUGAUCCAACCCAAGGCGGGCGGCCUGAGUUCUACUUCGAUGAGGGUGCAUAUCCUGAGCAGGUUGAUUGGAUUGGUCAGAAGAUUCAGAUAGAUGCUGCCAAGGCUGCAGGAGUUAAGCAAAUUGUGUUAAUUGGCUCUAUGGGUGGAACAGAUCCUAAUCAUCCCUUGAACAGCUUAGGAAAUGGAAAUAUAUUGAUUUGGAAGAGGAAAGCUGAGCAGUAUCUGGCCGACUCUGGUGUUCCAUACACAAUUAUAAGGGCUGGAGGCUUGCAAGACAAGGAAGGUGGCGCCCGGGAACUGCUUGUGGGGAAGGAUGACGAGCUUCUCAAGACGGAAACGAGAACCGUUACCAGGGCUGAUGUUGCAGAAGUCUGCAUUCAGGCACUGCAGUUUGAGGAGGCCAAGUUUAAGGCCUUUGAUCUGGCAUCGAAGCCCGAGGGAGCUGGUACACCUACAAAGGAUUUCAAGGCCUUAUUUUCCCAAAUCAACACUCGUUUUUAAUCUCACUCUGAUGAUGCUGGUGUAGUAAGUUCUAUGAUGUCCGUCUUAGUUGCACUCGGAACAUUUUUAUUUACUUUUCGGAGAGUAAUAUUGGCUAUUCUUCAUGCCUGUACACACAUUGUUAAAGCUGAUGAUAACCUGUGGAUUCGAUUGUCGUUUAUGGUAUUCUGAGGGAUUAUACUCGUAA